UUUCAUCUCUUAGCAUAGCAAUGAAACUAUCUGCGUAUUUCUUAUUUUCAUAUUUAACUGUUUUUCAUACAGUUUUUGUGAAGUCGGGUACCAUUUUUGACGUUACUAACACUCGACAAAAAAUCGGAUGCGGCGUUCAAAAAUUCGGGAGUGUUAUAGAAGACAACUGUGGAAACAACGGGGACCAACAAAACAAUACAGUUGAAUCACAUGAGGAAAGACAGGAAAAGCAUGUAGUGGAUGAAGUGCCACAAUCCAGUAAAGUUGACACACCUAAUGAGAACUUUGAGGAAGAGAGCGAAGAAGCUCAUUCAACAAAAACGGUAGAUGAAAAGAUCACCGAAAAAUCAAAAUCUGAAACUCAUACUGUUCUUAGUGAAAGACAUAUUUUUGUUGCACGCCCGAAUUGUCCUAAAGGUGAAAAACCAGAUGGAGCGGGUGGUUGCAGGCAGGAGUAUUGAGUUCUUUUUUAUUUAGUACUAAAAUACAGAAUUUAAUUUUUUAUUACAAAAAUAAAAAAUGAAGUUAUUACAUCUCAAUUAAUCUUUGCAGAAUUUUCUACAAGACAAAUUGUAAGCAAAACUUAU